AUGGGUAGCAGAUUUUUUACAUUUAUCCCAUUGAUAUUCUUAGUAUCAUCAACCAUUUUACUAAUAUUCACCGUCAUCAACGGUUCAACCACCAAUUCCCCAAUCAACGCCUUGUAUUGGUCCGAGACCGACACAUCUGGCAUAGCUGGCGCACCAUUCGACAAAUCACGAUGGACUUUCUAUACCCUAUGUGGAGUCCAAAACGGUGACAAUAAUAAUUGUUUACCCAUGGUAGCGGCGUAUCCAUAUUCGCCAUAUGAUAAUUUUCCAACUGGGAGAAAUGAUCUUCCUCAAGAUUUUAUAACUAAUAGAAAUACAUAUUAUUAUUUAUCAAGAAUUGCAUUUUCAUUCUUAGUGAUUGCAUUGGUUGGAAGUGGACUUUCACUUUUGAUCACACCGUUAGGAUUUUGUUUCAAAUCUUGUGGAGGUGGGUUUGCGGCAUUUUUCACAUUUAUCACAUUUGCAUUCGGUGCCACUGGUGCUUCAUGUUUGACUGCCGCUCAUGCUAUGGGAAGAAAACAUUUUAAUGAUAAUGGGAUGCAAACUAAUUUGGGUGCCGCUGCAUUUGGGAUACUUUGGGCUGGGGUAUUUUGUUUGUUGAUGGCGUUUAUUGGGUGUUGUAUGGUUUGUUGUGGGAAUAAUGGAACUAGAACUAAAUAUGUGGAUGCUGGACCUGGACCUGGUGCGGCUGGUGAACCGGUUUAUUAUCCUAAUAAUAAUAGAGUAUCUAAUAAUUAUGAAGGGGCCACUUAUGUUGGUAGACAAGAUUCUAAGUGA